AUGACCGAAUUGCAGACCACUUCUGGGUCUAAGCCAGGUCCCGCGUUACUGGCCUGUCUUCAGUGCCGUCACAAACACCUCAAAUGCGAUGGCAGGACUCCCGUCUGCGGUCGUUGCGAACAGGCUCGAUCUCCCUGCGAAUAUACUAAGUCUCGAAGAGGCUACAAGGGACCAUCAAAGAAGCGCCGCGCCAAUUCACCCGAUUACUUGCCUAUGGAUCCUCACCCGGUAGGAAUGCUCGAUGUGCCCGUGGACUGGAGCUUGCAGGCCGGCUUCACCUAUGCGCCAACCGUCCCCUUGCCCUCCUCUGCGUCGACUAGCCCUGGAUUACACGGUCUAUCGACACCAAUAAUUCCAUCCGUUCGCCCGGUCAGCGGACCAUUGACUCCGGACUCUUCUUCUGCUGCCGGCGGAGAUGGUUAUCUGCUCGAUAUCUACUAUAAUUAUUUCCACGCCGCCCAUCCGAUCCUGCCACCCCACCGACUUCUACAUCGCUUCUUAUUCCCAGCAUAUCUGGAGCAGGUGAUGAAGUUCAUCGGUGCCCACUUCACCCCAGCUGCCUCGAGUGACAUGUACCGGCCCACAGUCGUUGCAAUGGUUCAAGAACAAGAAUUGUCCGUGGAGAAAGUGCAGGCACUGCUUCUGCUGGCGAUCGUCCUCCACUCUGAUAAUGAGCGCGCCGAGGCCGGUGUCUGCCUAGCUGGUGCAGUGGAUUCAGCCUUCGAGCUUGGCAUGCAUCAAGGGACGUUUGCGACAAUUGCUAGCAACGGGGAUCCGAUCCGCGCAGAGUCUCUGCGCCGUACCUGGUGGGAGCUCUUCGUUAUCGAAGGUUUCAUGACUGCCCUUGGUGUCCAACAGGAGUAUCGCACCAAUCGAAUGCCCCUCGAGGUCGCACUUCCUUGCGAAGAGCGUAUCUAUCAUGAAGCCUUGCCACCCCCACCACCCCCGACAAUUGCUCAAUUUGACGGGCGGGUGUUCGCAGAAGAGGAGCGUGACUUCUCCUCAUAUUGCUACCGAAUUGAAGCCAUUCGCAUUCUUGGCCGUGUGGUGGCGAUGCAGAAUAUGACGGAAGGCCAGCAGGACCAGGUGGAAGCUAUUGAUGCGCGUAUCGGUAGCUGGGGUCAUCAUUUGCCCGAGUCCAAGGAAGAGCUUUUGCGCCCGGACGGGAGUGUGGAUGAGAUUAUGUUCCAGGCAACUAUGAUUCUCAACGGCGCAGCCAUCUACCUAAAUUUCCCACGUUCCGAUCUUCUCUCAUCUCCCGCCGUUGCCGCGGAAGUCCUCUGUGGUCACCAUGGUCCGAUCAGUGUGCCCGCAUUCUCCCACAAUGAACAUGCUAUGAAGGCCGCCAAGGCUGCCCGAGAGCUGUCUCGGCUCGCAGCCUUCCGCCUGCCUGUUGUCAAACACACCCCAUUCUUCAUAUGUGCGCUUACUCUGAGCUCCAUUGUCCAACUAGCUUCCUGCUCUGUCAAAGCCGGUCAAAUGCCAGACCCCAGUCGCGACCGGCUGGCAUUGACGAUCGGUGUUUUUAAGUCAUUGUCUCGCACCUGGGCCAUAUCCCAGUCGAUCAUGCGUCAAAUCAAAGCCGUUGCACGGGAUGUGAUGGAUGUAGGACUACGUCCUACGAUGGACUCGCUUGAUCUGACCACGGUGUUGGAUAACAGUCAGUUCUGGGUGGACCAGGGCCCGAGCUGA